AUGGCAAAUUUCAAUGAUUAUGGACAACCUGCUGCAGAUCUAUUACGUAUGAAUGCAGGAAGAACAGCGCGUGAACAAAUCCAUGAUUCUGCAAGGAUACUGUUUGAUUAUCGUGGCACAACAAGAUUUGAACAAGAGUAUUCAAACCGCAUCGCAAACAUUCGCUUUUCAAAUAUAUCUACGCCAGAUUCUUUUCGUUCAAAUCAAGCCGGAGAAGCUGAAGGUCAUAUUGCUCAUCCACCUGCUGAAGUUUUAGCUGAUACCAAUGGAGAUCGCUUAGAAAUUGAAGAUACACAACCUCAUGAUCUUGAGGCUAUGAUCGAUUUAAAUAAUAACCAACCUCCAGCUUUUCUCAUAAAUCACGAAGAUAAUCACGUCAACGAAGACGCAACGUUAUAUAACAUUGCGAAUGAAAACGUCAUUCCCAUAGAUCUGCAAAUAGGAAUAGGUCAAAAUGUACAAAUUCAAAACGAUGGUGAUGCACCUGAAGAGGCAAACGACGGUUAA